AUGAUGGAAACUGCAAUUCGUCAUGGCCAUGCGCUGCACUUGCCGGAAGUAUCUGCGACGCAGGACGGCAUAGAUGAGUUGGAAGCGUGGCUGGUGAACGCACGGCUGGAGGGUGUCUUAGUGCAGUCAGAGGAGAUCCUUGCCACUGGGCGGCAACUUGGAGAUCAGGCCUUCAGCAGGCUUCGGCUGCGUUUGACGUGCGUGGCGGCACUGGCAGAGUGCUUGGCCUGGAUUCGGGAACAUUUCGGCGGUCAUGUCUUGAGGUCAUUGCGCCUAUCGAGAAAUGACAUUGGUCCUUCGGGUGGAGAGGAUGUCGCGUUGAAAUUCUUUCCACUUGGAGCGCUUAGCCGCGAACAAAGGAAGGAGUAUGAUUUGGAUCUCUCUGAAAACCCGCUUGGUGACCUUGGAGUGAGCUUGCUGGCGAAGGCAGUCCAAAGAAGAGACUGUCAUGCAGUUUUGCAGCUCCGGGACGUUGGAUGUGGUGCAGAGGGUUGCAGAUCUUUGACACAGUGCUUUCAAACCUUGAAGGGGCUGGACUUAAGUCAGAAUGACAUUCCAGAGGCUGAAGUGAAUGCAUUGGCAGCGAAGUUGCCAAGAAGCUCACGCUUUGCCUUGCCAGGACUCAGCCAAAUAUCAAGUGUCACAGUCGCAGCAGUCGCAGCAGUCGCAGCGGUUUCCUCUGACCACGUCAAGGAUUCCAAGGCGACUGGCGCGAUAUCAAGGGCUCAGGCUGCCUUGGAACGUGCACGACUGGCUCUAGGGAAGGACAGAUCAUCCUGGUCACCUGCCUCGAUUUCAGGUGCUGGGCCAGGUGCGCGUCUCCCUCGUGCUCCUCAGCCUUCUCAGGUGGGGAGCGAGUCUGACACCAUGGAUCCGAGCAUUUCUGCAUCUUUCAUCACUGCCAUCCCUGGGCAGCGGUUGCCCGAUCAAAGGACAUCAGCAAAGGCACAGGCAGUCCUAGAUCGUGCACGCCUUGUCUUAUCCUCCAAGACGAUGAGACAUGGCAGCUUGCAAGCCACUUUGCAGGCCCCUGGGCAAGAGCAGCUCAUGCCAAUGCCCCCCAUGCCCCCCAUGCCCUCCAUGCCCCCCACGCGCCCCAUGCGGGUGGAGGCGGCAGCAGAUCUGUCAGAAGAUCUGUCAGGGGCGGUGAUGCCUCAUCUUCAUUCAAAACAAGGGGUAAUCUUACAGUUGCGGAAGGAAGUUGAGGUGCCACAACUGCCACAAGCAAUGGAUGGAGUGAUGCAAACACCACUGUCAAAGCCCAUGGUGGUGCCGCAACCGAAGCAAGGGGUGCCAACAGCUGCAGAGCUUGGCGGUUCUCAGGAAGGACAAAGGCCGCAAAGUUCACAAAGCUCAGAUAGCUCGAGCUGCAAGUCACCAGCCUUCGAUCGGGCGCUUGGUGAAGUUGCGAGUUUGCAACAGGCUUUGGGCCAACUGGCAGGCGGCCUUGGGUUGGCAGCCAGGUCGCCAUCUUUAUCGCUGUCGGAUGAGAACGAGCCUGAUGCAGAGGCCCUCGCAAUGCCUGAGCGAACAGUUCGGCUGGAGCGAGAGGUGGCUGAGCUCAGGGAGGACGUGCGUCGGAUUGAGCACACUGUUUCAUCCUUGCAGGUGGAGCCUGAACAGGAGGAUGGAAUCGAAGCUGUACCGGCUCGGGACUGGGCGGAGAAGAUCAAGCCCAGGGAAAACGAAGAUUUGAAGCCUGAAAACGGAACCCUGGCGCUGGACGAGGAGGACAUGUGCUCCAUGCCAAGCAUUGCAUCUUUGAAAGCGGAGAAGGAUAUGAGAGAGUCCGAUUUCCCCUUGUCUCCGAAAUCUCCGAAAGCCCCACCAAAGGGCAAAGGCAAGGGCAAGGGUCCACCUUUGCCUGGCAAAGCUUCGCCCCAGAAGCCUGAAGGAAGUCCGAGUGCCAGGGCUAGUCCAGCAGGGCCCGGGGCAGCAGAAGCGGCCGAGGGGGCCCAGGGGGCCCAAGCUGCUGUUGAUCUAUUGGGUCCACCAGGUCCACCCCCAGCUACCAAGGGAAAAGGAAAGGCCAAAGGUGCGAAGGGGGGAUCCAAAGGUGGGAAAGGCCCACCUCCACCUGCCAAAGGACCACCCCCAAAGGCCCCAGCUGCGAAGGCGGCUCCCAAGUCACAAGCAAAAGCCGAGAGUAAGGCACCUUUUCACAAAAAGUUGUACUGGAAACAGGUUGACAUCGCAGAUGCUGAAGGUACCAUCUUCAGUCAGGAGAGUAGGGCCAGAUCGAACACAUGCAGUGCAAUUGACUUCAACGCACUUUCCAAGAUUCUGGAAGCUGAAAAGACAAAGGGUUCUCAGCUUCAGCGCCGGUCUUCUGGCGUUUUGAGCAAAGCUCAAAUGCGGAAUAUUGGAACAAAGGUCUUAAGUGAUCACCGAGCUCGGAAUAUCGCCAUUGUUUUGAAGCGCAUGCCCACAAGCACAACAGACCUUGUGCAUGUUUUGAGCAGCUUGCGGUGGGAGGAUGACCGCAUCAGCAGUGAUGACUUGGAACAGAUUUUGGAAGCAAUUCCGACGCAUGAUGAGGCCAAGAAGCUGCGGGAACAUAGUGCUCCAGAAGAUUGCCAAAAGCUGCGCGAUGUUGAACAGAUGGUGAUGCCCUUGACCCUUUUGAGCAGAUCUUCAGCCAGAGUUCGUGUACUUUGCAUUGCGCGCAAUGCACGAUUACACUUCAAAUCAACCAUGAGGAGUUUGGCGAGAAUUCGGGCUGCCUGUUUGGCAAUCCAGGGAUCUGGCAUGCUCCGAAAUGUCAUGCUCUUGGCACUGGAGCUUGGCAACUUCGUCAACCACGGGGAUUCCAAGAAAGGAGCGAAGGCCAUUGCCAUCAGCUCCCUAUUAGCCCUCCGAGAUUUCAAAUUUAGCGAGGGCAUUUCCAUGCUACACUUCCUGUGCGCAUCAGUGAUGCGUUCAGAUGCCAAUGCCAAUGCAGCCCAAAUCCUUCAGAAAGAGUUGCUGCCAGCAGAGAGGAUAGCAAAGAUGCAGGUUCAGGGGCUUUCCGCUGCAAUGAAGUCUUUUACUCGCGACCUGGAUACCAUCAAAUCAGAGUGCCAAAACUAUUUGGCAGAGUAUGAAGGUGCGGAUACAGCCCCAGCAGAGUCGGAUGGUGAGGAGGAUGCAAAGGAGUUUGGGCAGGAGCUGGCAGAGGUUCAAGCUGCAGCUGCUGCCGCAGCUUGUGACAUGCUGGACAGCCCACUGAAGACCCAAAGAGAAGAUGAAGACGCAACCCGCUGGGUAGAGGAUGUCAUGAAGAUUCGCGGCUCUGCCCAGCGCCGUCUGCGGUGUAUGAGGCGUAUUCUGGAGAAGCUUUGCAAUCUUUUGAAAGCAGACAUGGAUUCCACUGCAGUGCAGGUGCAUGCUACCCUGCGAUUUUGCGGUGUCAUGCUGCCCAGGGCAUCUUCGUCAGAGGUGCACUUGCCAGAGGUGUAG